GUCCCAAAUGAGUGCACUGACGCCAGCCCAGCUCAAGACGCCGGUCCCGAGCGACAUUGAGAUCAGCGAUGCGACGACGCCCGUCCACAUCCGGGAGAUUGCGACGGCCGCCGGCCUCCUCGAAGAUGAAAUCUACUUCUACGGCAAGACCAAGGCCAAGGUAGCUCUCGCGGUGCGCGACCGCCUGAGCCACGUCGAGCACGGCGCCUAUGUCGUCGUCACGGGCAUCACGCCGACGCCGCUCGGCGAGGGCAAGAGCACGACCACGAUUGGCCUCGCCCAGGCGCUCGGCGCGCACCUGAAGAAGAAGUCGUUUGCGUGCAUUCGCCAGCCGUCGCAAGGCCCGACCUUCGGCAUCAAGGGUGGCGCCGCUGGCGGUGGCUACGCCCAAGUCGUGCCCAUGGACGAGUUCAACUUGCACAUGACGGGCGACAUCCACGCGAUCACGGCGGCCAACAACCUCCUGUCGGCGGCCAUUGACGCGCGCAUGUUCCACGAGUCGACGCAGAAGGACAAGGCGCUCUUCAACCGUCUCUGCCCGGCCAAGAAGGACGGGUCCCGCGUCUUUGCGCCCGUGAUGCUGCGCCGCCUUCGCAAGCUCGGGAUCACCAAGACCAACCCGUCCGAGCUCACGGACGACGAGAUCAGUCGCUUUGCCCGCCUCGACAUUGACCCCGCGACGCUUACGUGGAAUCGCGUGUUGGAUACCUGCGACCGCUUCCUCCGUGGCAUCACGAUCGGGAAAGCGCCGACUGAGAAGGGCCAUGAACGCGAAACCGGCUUUGACAUUACGGUUGCGAGCGAGAUCAUGGCGGUCUUGGCGCUGGCCACGAGCCUCGAUGACAUGCGCGAGCGUCUCGGCCGCAUGGUGGUGGGCAUGAGUCGCAAGGGCGACCCGGUCACGGCCGACGACCUCGGUGUCGGUGGUGCGCUCACCGCGCUCAUGAAGGACGCCAUCAUGCCGACCCUCAUGCAAACGGUGGAGCAGACGCCGGUGCUCGUGCACGCCGGGCCGUUCGCCAACAUUGCCCACGGCAACUCGUCGAUCAUUGCCGACCAGAUCGCGCUCAAGCUCGUGGGGCGUGACGGCGUCGUCGUCACCGAAGCCGGGUUUGGCGCGGAUAUUGGCAUGGAAAAGUUCUUUGACAUCAAGUGCCGCUACUCGGGCCUGCGCCCGCAGUGCGUCGUGCUUGUCGCGACCGUGCGGGCGCUCAAGAUGCACGGUGGCGGCCCCACGGUCACGGCCGGCAAGCCGUUGGACGCGGUGUACGUCGAUGAAAACCUUGCGCUUGUCACUGCCGGCUGCGACAACAUGAUGCAGCACAUCCGCAACGCACGCAAGUUUGGUGUCUCGGUCGUCGUGUCGGUCAACCGGUUCGCGACCGACUCGGACAAAGAAAUCGCAAUCGUGUGCGCCAAGGCCGUCGAGGCCGGUGCGCUCGCCGCCGUCGAGUGCAACCACUGGGCCCUCGGGGGGCGGGGGGCGGUCGAGCUCGCCGAGGCCGUCGUCAAGGCCUGCGCGUCGCCCACCAACAACUUUAAGUUUUUGUACCCACUCGAAGCCUCGAUCGAGGAGAAGGCGCGCGCCGUAUGCCAAAAGAUCUAUGGCGCCGACGACGUCAUCUUCUCGGACCUCGCCAAGGCCAAGCUCGAGGUGUUUACCAAGUGCGGCUAUAGCCACUUCCCCAUCUGUAUGGCCAAGACGCACCUCAGCUUUAGCACGGACCCGACCAAGAAGAACGUGCCGACCGGGUUUUCGGUCACGAUCCGCGAUAUUCGCGCGUCGGUGGGCGCUGGGUUCCUCUAUCUGCUCUGCGGCGACAUCAUGACGGUGCCGGGGCUCCCGACGCGCCCGGGCUUUUAUGACAUUGACGUUGAUACGACGUCUGGCAAGAUCAUUGGGCUCUUCUAAGGCAGAUGGCCGUCGUCAACCGUAACAAAGAGACGUUGACAGAGUGGUUUCAUUCGUGUUGACGUCAUUGUGACACCUG